AUGAUGAUGAUGAUGACCAGCAGGACUCUUAUCGCGAAGGUCAUCACCUGCAUUCUGCUAGGCUGUUGCGUGACGAUGCGAGUUACGGGCUCGGCGAUACCGAUGUGGGAAUUUCUCUCGAGAGAUGAGAAAAUGAGUCAUUUGUACGGAUUAUUCAGUAAACAAGUAGCACAGUUUUGCGCCGAUUCAUCGAGGCCGGACUGCAAUAAGAAUCUACUUGUAUCCGGCAUAAGGAGCCUCGCCGGCAUGAAUGAUAACGUUCUCGAUCAGUUGGACCCCUAUCAGCGCGGCGCCAAGGAAAUGAUUUGGCGUGCCAUGGUGGGAAACAAUAGAUUUGCAUCGAGAAUAGGCCACGAGAAUGACGAAUCUUACUUCACGACUGAAGCCGACUUACUAGCGAGCAGCGGCAGCGAGACGAACGGCCUCGCGGAGGAGACCGCGGCGAGUGGCGAUUACGUUCUAUCACCAGAAUCAAAUGGGCCGUAUCUGGCGGGUCCGAUGGUGAUACGAGUUUAUCCGGAUGGCCGACCGGUUCCGGAGGAUCAGAAACGUCCGUUGCCGAGGGACGAAGACAUCGAUGAGCUCAGAUACUCUCGUUUGCCAUCAAUAGAGGAGAUCGAGGCUAAGAGCGGUAGCAAGUUCUACGGGAAAGGCGCGAACGAGCCGGCACCGGCCAAAAGGAGAAUGUCCUUCGUAACCGACAAGGACUAUCGACGAUCGGAACCGCUACGUUUUCACGGCAAUCCGCUGACCUACGAAAGAACAGCGUUCCGAGGCGCGAUUAAUGAACGCGGAGUGCGUUUCUAUUGAAGAGAAAGAGAGAGAGAGAGAGAGAAGAGAGAUAUUUCGUGUUUUUUCUACCUGAUACGAGUUACCUCGCUACAUCACCUAGUGAAGGAAUAGAAGAAGAUUAUUGAAAAAAAAUUGCCGCUAAUUGUAAGAUCCUGCGAAGAGAUGUUUCCGUGAUCGUGCUUACUGCGAUAAUAUAUGGAAAGCAUGAGAGAAAAACUAAAGAUAUCUAGCGAUACAUAAUCAUAGUCGCGGUAGAUUACGAUUUAAUCAGCUGUAUAAUUACAAAUUUAUUGCCAACGCGCAUUCUUAUUUAUCUGAUAUCGUUGUUGCGAUAAGUAUGCAAAAUAUCGUCCUCUUUUUUUUCGAAUCUUUUGACUGUAGAAUAGGAAUUUAGGACGUAGCGAGGAAUGUGAUCCAAAAACUUUGUCUAAGAUAAAAGUUUACAAUUUAUAUAAAUCGCUUAUGCAUCGAUUUAUAUAAAUAAGAGGAAUUCACGAUUUGCGAACCGCCUAAAUUGGCUUGACGAUUGGUCGGUAAUUAAAUUCUUAUCUCGAUAACACACGAAUAAUCGCCGACCAUGAAAUAUCAUUUAGUUUCUACUUAUUUAAUUUUAUUCAUUUAUUAUUUAUUUAAUAUUCAAUGUAAUUGUCAUGGUACAUGUAAAAUAUUACGACACAAUCAUCGAUGAAAUUUUAUCAAUUAUCUCUUGGACUGUGACUAAUUCAAAAAUCUUCUAGACUCUUCGUUCAAUCUGUUAACAUAAAAAAUCGCACAUAUCAUUUAAAUUUAUUUUGCAAUAUAUUUGAGACGAAAAAUAGCGGUUGAUUAAAGUGAAAUUCUCUUAUAUUUUUAUUCCACAAAUUUAAAUCAUAUAUUAUUUUUUCUCUGAUAUAUACGCGUCAUUAUGUCGCAUAAAGGAACCAGUGUACCUCGCUGAAAAAAUAACUUGUUACAUAUGUAUUAUCAUUUUAAUCAUCAUAUACAUUAUGUUUUAAUGUAUAACAAUAUUUGUGCUAGAAAAACUAUUGCUUUCGAAAAUAUCCAUAGUUACAUAUCCAUAGUUACAUAUACAUAAAAUAUGUACAUUAUAAUAAUAGUAAUACUCAUGGAUCAUAUCUGUCGGAUACAUAAAUCGUUAUUUGCAUAAGCAAGUAACAAUUUAAUUAAAAAAUCUACAUGACGAUUUACGUGACGAUUACAAUAAUUGUUUAUUAAAUCUAUACAUUUUCACGCUUAUUUGUAAAUACUUGACGCAUUUGCUAUUAAGUUUAAAUACCUACAUCAAUAAGAUAGAACUUAAAGUGUGAUAAAAUAUAGAAUGUAAUAUAUAUUUGAAAAGAAAUUAACAAUAAGACAAUAUGUGAUAAAUUAAGACUAACGUGAUGCCUAAUAUAUAUGUAUAUAAAUACAUACAUAUACAAACAUACAUGUACACAUAUAUAUGUAUACGAAUCACUUUAUUAUAUUGUAAGAAUCUCGAGAUUUUAUAUAUGAUUAAAAAUAUUUAUUUUAUAAGUGCUCAAGAUUAACAGAAUUUCGUUAUUAUUAAUAGAUAAUAAAUAAUUGCUAUAAACACACACACACACAUAUUCUGUGCUAUUAAUACAAUUAUUAAAAUUAUUACUUCUCAGUCUUAUGUA